AUGAGCCACAGGUACCUCCACGACGAUAGACAGCAGUUUAUCAACGGCAUUGGCACCGAGUUGGCGUGGGGGUGGUCUCCUGCGAUUGACUUCACAGAGGUGUUGGGGCGGCGCGAGAGAGACGCGGCUGAGGACGCCGCGGGGGCCCACGAGCGGCGCGAGGACGGCGCUGAAGCCGCAACGGAGGGCGCGGCAAACGCGGACAAUGACGCUGAGGUCGACAUUGACGCCAUGAUUGCGGCGAUACGGCGGCGAUCACCGACGGAGGCGAACGGCGAGGAGGCGGAGGAGGGUGGCGGGGACGCGGUGCGUGUGCUCCUCUGCGGGGCGGGAGAUAUUCGACACAUCUUUCGCACGCUUGCAAGCCUCCACGUCAAGUCGGCGUCCAGCACGCAGCCGCCGCCGGUGUACCACUUCUACCUUUACGAGCCCAAUCUGCGGGUACACUGUCGCCAUCUUUUUUUCCUGCAGUGGUUGCUGGACAGCAUGUUCUCUUUAGACGAGCUGGAGGAGCGGGUGUUGAUGUUUCUCGAUGCGUUUGGCAACGCCCUGACGCGCGACACCACCUCCGCCCAGAGCCGCGGCGUGUCCCAGCGGCUGCUGCGCGUGCUUCGAAACGAGGACGGCGCGCUCGCCAGGCUGGUCUCCUUCACCGAGAUGAAGUCGAAGGAGCGGGACUUUGUGGAGGAGCAGAUUGUGCACUGGACGCGGGGCACGUCGCAGGCAAACAUAGAGGCAGACUGGUCGCGGCGAGUGCGCCACGAGAUGGCAGAGCGCUACGACAACCGCGAUAACAUUAUUGACUGGGACUUCAAUUUUUACCUUCGCGACUACACAAAUCUCAUCAAGCUUGCCGAGUACCGCACGUGGCGCAAUACAGGCAUUGCCUUUGACGCAACCCACAUCAACCCCCGCCGGGGGUUUACCUACACCUACUCGGUGCCGAACAAAACUCUCUGCCAUUUCAACGCCAAGGGGGUUGGAACUUACCUUGGCGACGUGAAGAAUGGCCCUUUCUUUGCGUUUGGCGCCCAGACGGCGAACACGCACAUCCGCGCAAAGACAAUUGAUGGGACAUGCAAGUACGGCAACGGCGUUGUCUCCAUGCAUAACGUGCGGGCGUGGCUCUACGGACUCCUGACGGGGCAGUCGUGGCCGUGGGGUGAUCACGCCUUUGCCUGGGACGACCCCGCAAACUACAACUACCUGCCGCCUGGGACGCCUAGCGACGUUGCCCAGCAGGCGACCUUCCCGAAGGUGCGCUUCCACUUUGUUGGGCUGGACUUCGCACGCUUCACCCAGCACAUGCGAGGGAAGCCGAAGCACAAGAGGUUUGAUUUGGCGUUUGUCGGGACGAGUUGCACGCAGCUCCUGUCACCGGACUUCUUUGAGGUCGCAAUGCGCCGCGAUGCGGUGGUGGUGGCGGAGACCGCGAAGUUUGUCCUCGACGCCCGCGACGAGGCCAAGGCGGCUUUCGUGAACAAAAUCCAAGAGUUGGCCGGGGCUGCAAACUGGGAGCAGAACGACGCCCUCACGGAUCUGCUGCAUGCGGAUCAGCCUGAGCCGCCAAAGUGCGCGAAGGACUCGCCCAGCGUGAAGGCGCAGAAGGUAGCGCUGGAGCGCCACCAAAUGCCGUACCAGCUGGCCUUGACGCGCUCUGCCGGGCCCCCAGGGGGCUGA